AAAGGUUUGGCUGUUGAAGAAUCGUACCAGUUCCCCAGGACUCAGCAGAGGUCUGGUGACCAGCCUUCUCGCUCACAGCAUACGGCUGUCGCUUGUUCUUGGCCAUGCCAGUGUGCACCGCCCUGUGGUAUAUUAUCAGCCAUUGUGUCCUCCAACCUUCCAUUGCGCAUCUUCAAGCUUACUGGACGAUAUCCGGGCGGAUUUGGCACUUGAAGACGUCGGGAAGCGGGUGCGAGGCAUUGCUCGGCUUGCCCUCAGGCGAAAUGAUCGUGACGGUCGGUCGGGAAGUCAUUGUGCCGGUGAUGGUGCAAAUGACGAGUAUGUGGACGUCGAAUUCCUGUGGGUUAGUCGAGAUAUCUCGAGAGUUGAAGCUUUGCAGGGAAAUUCGUGUGAUGUGGUGGGCUUAGCGAAAUAUUCGGUCACAAUUCAAGCACGCUGCACGAGGGAUGAGAAAAUUGUCAAGGUAAAAAUGGCUUUUCGGUAAAAUUUGCUGUAUGGGCUGGCUG